AUGUCGACCUCCCUUCUCCGCAUCCAGUGCCUCUGCGGCUCCUCUGCCUCGACCAUCUCGCUCCCCUCAUCUUCCCUCCCACUCCAAACCUACCUCUGCCACUGCAACAUUUCCCGCCACAUUUCUGGCUGCCUCUGCAGCUCCUACGCCCGCUACCCACCGCUCUCGCAAACCCCUAGACCCGACCUCUCUGCCCUCACGGCCUAUCGCUCCUCGGACAUUCUCACGCGAUAUUUCUGCACGACAUGCGGAACGCAUAUGUAUCUCGAAUACGACGAUGACGGGCACUUUGAGAUCGCGACGGGGCUGCUUGCUGGUCUAGCUGUGGACCCUGAUAGGCCACCGAUGUCUAUUGUCAAACAUGUCGGGCAUAUGUGGAUCGAGGAUACUGAGGACGGAGGGGCAUCGGAUUGGAUCUCAGACCUUAAUGGAAAGAGUGCGGAGAGGUGGAUGAGAGGUGCUAAUAGUAAUGACACCGGGAUGUUGUUUGCCCGCUGUUACUGUGGCGGGGUGGAGUUCGCUAUCUCUAGACCAGACUCCGAGUCGUGUGUACAUGACGGCACGGCCGACUUUCCAGACUUGCUGGUGCCAUAUAAUUCCGAGAAGUCGGCGAAGAAUCCCGAUGGCAAGCCGUGGUGGCUGUCGAACGACGGACGGAGAUACACAGCAGGUACUUGUGCGUGCGACUCAUGUCGGCGCGCUGCGGGGUUCGAGAUUGUCGAGUGGGCGUUCGUGCCCGCAGGAAACAUCAUGGUCCCGGAACUAAGGGACGCAAGCGAGCCGCCGAUUUGGAGGAAAUAUGAAGUGGGACGAGAGUUUGGUACGGGUCUGCUGCAGAGCUUUAGUAGUUCGGAUAGGGUUUUUCGUAGGUUCUGUGGAGGGUGCGGAGCGAAUAUCUUUUGGGAGUCAUAUAACCGCCCGUACAUCAUUGACGUCGCAGUAGGGAUCCUUCGUGCCCCUGAGGGUGCGAGAGCUGAAACUUGGUUGGAAUGGGUGACGGAUCGAGUUAGUUUCUGCGAGGAGGGUGCUAAUCCGGGCCUCGUUUAUGACCUGACGAGAGGGUUAGAAGGAUGGGGUAAGCGACUAAGCUUAGUAUCUAUGAUUCCCUAA